AUGUCAUCAAUUCCACAAUACAAUUCAUCAUCUUCCAAAAACCAAUCAUCAACCACCAAUCCAAUUGAAGUAGGUGGUCCAGUUCCAGAAUUUGAUGAGUCAAAAUGGAUCAAUUCUAAUGUAUCAAGCUACGGUAAUCUCCAAUCAUCAACUUCAGCAACCCACUCUUCUUCUCAUGCUGCUCAUGCUUCUCAUGCUCAUCACGGUGCUCAAGCUGCAGAAAAUCAACAACAUGAAUCAGCAAUCCCUACUGGGUCCACUAUCCCCCCACCAAUUGGUGAAUCUAGUUCGAACUAUUCUAGCGGUCCAACACCUUCCAAGAGUGAAUUGCAUCAAGGUGCAACUACAGGUGACUCUACCACCUCCCACUCCACUGGCAACUACAAUAGCUACAAUAGCAACAACAAUUCCUCUUCCACUACAUCUCAUGCUGCUUAUGGUGGAUCUUCGUCAAAAACUGGAUCAGGCUUGGGCUCUUCUGCCACUGGUGGAUACACUUCUGGUGCUGCUUCCACUGCUACAUCUGCAUUGAGAUCAGAUGCUGAUCCAAACCACCCAAUUCAUGAAGCUGAAGAUUUCUUGACUGAAUUGUUAACUUGGAAGAAUCCAGCUUAUACUGGUAAAGUUUUGGGAUUGACUCUUGGUGGAUUGCUUCUUUUCAAAGCAAUUGACUUGGUUCGUAUCUUUUUCAAGAUUUCCUACAUUACUUUAUUAUUUUCUGCUGGUGCUGAAUAUGUCGGUAAAGUGUUUACUGGUCAAGGAUUUGUUAGUAAUUUUUACAAAAAUUAUUCAACCUCAUUUGCUAAGCCAAUUAACAAGCACCUUUUACCAUUAAUUGGAGAAUUGAAUGUUGCUAUUGAACAUCAUUUGAAUUAUAUUGUUUACUCAAGAAAUGUUGAAACUACAUUAAAAUUUGCUGGAAUUUCAUACAUUUUUUACCAAUUAACUUCAGUUGUUUCAUUGUUUACAUUGACUGUUAUUUCGGUCAUUUUAUUGUUUACUAUCCCACCAGCUUAUCUUGCCAAUAAGAAGCAAGUUGAUGCAUUUGUUGGAAAGUAUACUGCUUGUUUCAAGAAUCAAGUUGGCAAAGGUGUUGAACAACUUCAUGAUGCAUUGAAACAAACACCAGUUGGUCCAUACUUGUCGAAAUUUGCCCCAAGAAGAACUGCUGGUUCAACUGUGGGUGAUUCAAAGGCAACUUCAUACGGAACUGCUGCUGAUUCUCAUCAUGGUGUUGAUGUUAAUGUUCCAGUUGGAUCCACUACAUCUUCAUCAUCUGCUACUGGUGGUGCUGACUUGAGAGAAAGAAACGCACAAGCCACCAAAGGUGCUUACUAUUAG